UUGCUAAAACGUUCUAAUGCAAAAGAUUCCCCGCUUUAUAAUGAUUACUUUGUAGAAGCGGACUACGUUCGAGGUUGCUACUUUACGAAUUGGGCGCAGUACCGGUCAGGCAUUGGCCAGUACUCUCCAUCAUACUACGUACCUGGCUUAUGCACCCAUAUAUUUUACGCGUUUGCCAAUAUUGAUGAAACUAUACCCGCGAUAUUGCCGUUUGAAUGGAACGAUUUGUCAACCGAGUGGUCUAAAGGCUUUUACGACCAGGUCAACGAUCUUAAAGCCAAACAACCGGGUCUAAAGACCCUACUGUCGGUCGGUGGCUACAAUAUGGGAACCGCAAAAUUCCAAACGGUGACUUCGACAGCCGCAAAUCGCAAGUUGUUCAUCGACUCAGUGAUCACUUUCGUUCGUGCCAACAACUUUGACGGAUUCGAUGUCGACUGGGAGUACCCUGACGAAUCAACGGAGACCAACUACGCGGCGUUUCUAAAAGUAUUCUAUUUUUCGACGUCAUUCAUGCAUGGUCGACAAAUGCCCUGCUUUCAGGAGCUGCAAAGCGCCUUUUCGGCAGAAGCUCAGGCGACCGGUCGGCCGAAGUUGCUGCUUACUGCUGCCGUCACAGCCGCGGUUGAAAAAAUUCAGCCAGGAUACGACGUAGCAGCCAUGCAACAGUCCCUCGACUACCUGAACAUAAUGGCCUAUGAUUUCCAUGGAGUUUGGGAAUCUACCACUGGAAUGAAUAGUCCUUUGUAUGGCAGAAAAGACGACAGCGCAGCGUUCGCUAAUUGGAACGUCACGCGAGGGACGGACUACGAUCCGUCAAAGGUCAGAGUGAAGGCUUCCGCAAGCGAUGGAUGGAACAAAGCAGGAAUGGCGAAAGAAAAAAUUCUCGUCGGUUUGCCAACGUAUGGCCGCGGAUGGACCCUGGCCGACCCCAAAUCUUUUGGCGUUGGUGCAGCGACAAGCGGUGGAUCGCCUCAAUUUCCUUAUUCUCAACAACCAGGAAUGGCUGCAUAUUUUGAACUCGAUUUUGUGAUAGCCCAAGGUUACGCUGGCGCGUUCGUCUGGACUUUGGAUUUUGACAGCUUUAAUCAGCAGUGUAAGUCAGUCUCUCCGUCUACCUACCCGCUGGUAUCAAUGAUGCAAGAAAAGCUGGGUGGAACUACGCCGCAGUCAACAGUAAGUUUAACUAACUGAUU